AUGGAGAACUCUACACUUCCAGUUUAUGGUGACGAGAAUGUUAUUGAGAACAACAGUGGUGGGAACGGCAACAACGUUGCACAUUCUCAGGCACCAGUGAACGUUGGUUCACAAGAUGGUGUGGCCAUUGAGUGGUAUAUCUCUACGAUGUUCUUGACAGAGAGGGUUCCUGAGUUGAAGGAACAAGAUCCAGAGUUUGUGAUGGCAGUUGGGUUUUGGAAGGAUUCAGACUUCAUUUGCCACAACUAUAUCCUGAACGGAUUGUGUGAUGCUCUUUACGAUGUAUAUCGUAAGAUUGGCGCAACGAGAUCGUUGUGGGAAGCCUUGGAUCAUAAGUAUAAAAGUGAGGAUGCCGGCGCAAAGAAAUUUGUUGUUAGUCGAUUCCUCGACAUUAAAAUGGUUGAUUCCAAUACCAUGCUAAGGUGGAAUGACUUCAAAAACUACCUUAAGCACAAGCGAAAGGAGAUGAACCUGGAAGACCUGAUCCAACGACUCAGAAUUGAGGAGAGGAACAUGAAAACUGACGAGAAGGGUCCUGUCUUUGGUGGCGCUAAGGCCAACGUGCUGGAGCACGGUCAAAACUCCAAGACGGCUAAGAAGCAUAAGCAGAAGCUAGGUCCAAAAGGUGGUAUUACCAAGGCUAUAGUCACGGAGGUGAACUUCGUGGGCUCUAACUCACCUGAGUGGUUCACCGACACCUGUGCAACAAGGCAUUUGUGUUGCAACCGGGAGAUGUUCAGCACUUUUGAGACCGUUGAGGGCGAGAAGGUGUGGAUAGGAAACUUUGCUCAGUCCGAUGUGGAGGGCUUAGGCAAGGUGGUUCUGAAGAUGACUUUCGGGAAGGAACUGACGUUGAAGAACGUGCUAUAUGUUCCGGAGCUGAGGAAGAAUCUGGUCUCUGGCUCGUUGUUGAAUAAGCAUGGCUUCAAGAUGGUCUUCGAGUCAAACAAAGUUGUUUUGUCUAAGUUAGGAAUGUUUGUAGGCAAAGGUAUGUAA